AUGAACGACUACGUUGAUUUAUUUUUUCAAACCAUUAUCACAUUAGUUAUUUCCUUCUUACUUGGUAUGGUUUUAAUUAAAUACUAUUUCAACAACAAAUAUGGCAACAACAACUUCAACAAUGGCAACAACUACAACAAUGGAAAUGGCAAUUAUCAAUCAAAUGCAUCACAAUAUUCUUGUCCACCACACUCUGAUGAAUAUUUAGCCCAACAAAGAGUUCAAGAACAGGCACAAAAAAAACAUCAAGCAAUUGAAGAAUUGCUAAAUCUAAGAAGACAAGAAUUGCAACAACAAAACCAUUUUAAUUUUGAAAGUAAACCUGAAUCAUACAAUGGCCCACCAAUUAUUAAUGAACCAUCAAAUUAUGAACAAAAAUCAUAUGAUCACCCAGAAUCAGAAAGAGAACCAUCCGUUUACCCAACAUUCAAUAAAAAUGAAGCACGUCAUUUUUUUUCUGAUGAACCACAGUCAUCCAAUUUUACAGAAACUGAUCAUAGUAAUAAAAGAGAACCAUCCGUGUACCCAACUUUCAACCACAAAGAAUCUCGUCAUUCUUUAAAUAAAGAACAAUCACCACAUGCUCCUCCAGAAUCAGCAACUUCUCCACCAGAUUCUCAAAAUGAUACAAAUCAUACUUGUAAAAGGGAACCAACAAACUACCCAACUUUCAACAAAAGUGAAUCCCGUCAUUCUUUUUCUGGUGCACCACAAUCACACAAUUAUACAGAAUCACAAUCCAAUGGUGCAAAUUUCAAUGGAGAACCACCAUCUGUAGAGGAGUAUAAUCAAGCAAAUAAGCUAAACUCAAAUCAAGUUAUUAUCAAAUAUUGGUCAAGUGCAAUUUUAUGUUCAAACUCAACGAAUUCCGUUCUUAUAGACUAUGGGGGUUAUGUUUAUUAG